CUCCAAAAUGUCAAGCAUUGCAUUGUUGGACUUUUCGGACGCUGGACUUUCCGGCUGCGAACAAUUCGCACUCUGCACAAGUUCUACUGCCGAGAGUAACUCUCGACGUAUGGUUUCCAGCUUGUUCCAAGAUCAUCCUGCGCCGGAGUCCAAGGAGCCCGCCCACGCGACCGCCGCCAUGGCGACGCUGGCGUUCGCGGUGCGCCGGCGCGAUCCAGAGCUCGUCGGCCCGGCCGCGCCGACGCCUCGUGAGACCAAGCGCCUGUCUGAGAUCGACGACCAGGACACGCUGCGUGGGCACGUGUCCUUCGCCCUCGUCUACCGCGCCCGCGUGAUGGAUGACGACGACGUCGCACCGGUUCACCCGGCCGGAGUCAUCCGGCGCGCGCUCGGUGAAGUACUGGUGCACUACUACCCGCUGGCUGGACGGCUCAGAGAGGCGGAGGGGCGGAAGCUAGUGGUCGACUGCAGCGGUGAGGGGGUGAUGUUCGUGGAGGCCGACGCCGACGUGCGGCUGGAGGAGCUCGAGGGGGCCGGGCUCAGGCCGCCGUUCCCGUGCAUGGACCAGCUGCUCUUCGACGUGGAGGGCUCCGGCGGCGUGCUCAACUGCCCGUUGCUGCUCAUCCAGGUGACUCGGCUGCUCUGGGGCGGCUUCAUCUUCGCGCUCCGCCUCAACCAUACCAUGUGCGACACCAUCGGCAUCGUGCAGUUCAUGAACGCCGUCGCCGAGCUCGCCCGCGGCCUCCCGGCGCCGACCGUCGCUCCCCCGUGGUCCCGUGAGCUCCUAGAGGCGCGCAACCCGCCUAUGGCGUCGUUCCCGCACCGCGAGUUCGACCUUAUUCCACCGCCGGCGCCGCCGGCCGGCGACAUGGUCAUGCGGUCCUUCAUUUUCGGCCCCUCCGACCUCGCAGCGAUCAAGAAGCAUCUCCCUCCUCUCGUUCGCGACAAGGUCACCACCUUCGAGGCGCUGGCGGCAUACCUCUGGUGCGCCCGCACGGCGGCGCUCGAGGUCCCGCAGGGCGAGGAAGCGCGGCUGGUCAUCAUCGCCAACUUCCGGGCCUUCGUCGAGCUGGGCCUGCCGGGCGGAUACUAUGGAAACGCGUGCGUGCCCCUUGCCGCGCUGGCCGACGCCGCUGCACUGCGCGGGGGUGGCUCGCUGGCUGACGCGGUGGCGCUGGUGCGGCGGGCCAAGGCUGCAGUGACCGCCGAGUACGUGCGUUCCACGGUCGACGUGCUGGUUCUGCGCGGCCGGCCGUUCUUGGCACUGCAGAACCUGUUCGUCGUGUCCGACAACCGGCACGCCGGGUUCCACCGCGUCGACUUCGGGUGGGGCGAGCCGGUGUACGGCGGCCCGGCCGACACUGUCUUCGGCGUGACCUUCCUCGUCCCCGUCAAGGACCGUGACGGGGAGGACGCGAUUACCGUGCCGAUCGUGUUGCCACGGCCGGCCAUGGAGCGGUUCGCGGCGGAGAUGGAGAGCCUGUGCAAGGCGUAGCGUGUGCCCGGGUCGUCCCUGUAUGUAUUACGACUCAGUACGUGCGGCAUGCGGCUUGCAGGGCUGGGUUGAAAGUUUUUUGGAGCGAGCGGAGGCUGCUCUGAGUGGAUUCUUCGCUGUGUCGACUAUGUUAAAGACUACUCUGAUGUCGCAUGCUCUUUGUGCAAACGGUGUUUGCUUUGGAGAGGAC